GCCACCUGCUGGUUGGCGAUCAUAGCAGAAGGAUCCCACUAAAGGUUGACUGCGGCGUGCGGAGGGAAGUUUGCUGAAUUUUGUCACGAAACAAAUGAUUAUUCGUCUUCGGAUGGAUUCAGCGAGGCGUCCCUGAGACUUUGUUUGAAUAGGGAUCAGACAGAAGCAAAGACAGAGAGGUAGGAUGGCAACAGGAGGCAUUCCUUUUGAUGACGGCUCGGACGAACUGCACAACUGGUCGGUCACUAAUGCCACCCUGGAGGACAGACUCAACAACAUGGCGUGGAGUGCACAGCAGAAGAAGGCCAACCGCUCCUCGGAGAAAAACAAAAAGAAGCUGCCGGCCGCUGUGGUGGAAAGCCGCUUGACCAAUGACAUCUCGCCUGACUCCACCCCUUGGAGCGGGCGUAGGAGACCCCUCCAAGUCAAGUACGCCACCCAGUGGUCUGUGCCGGACCAGGCGGAACUGGACAAGAUCCAUCAGAGGAUCAAUUUCUCAGAUUUGGAUGAGAGCAUCGGGAGUGACUCCCAGGGCCGCGUCACCGCCGCCAACAACCAGCGGCAACUGGCGGCCGAGAACAGGAAGCCUCACAACUUCCUGCCGCUGCACGUCAACACUAACAAGAGCAAGGAGCUGCUCCCACCCAUGUCCUCUUCCAACCCGCCAACUCCUGGCAUCCCCAGAGAGACUGAGCGACAGAGCCCAGCGCCAAGGGAUGCGAUAACCCCUGCCGCUCCUGCCAAGGCAACACCAGCGAGGCAAAUGCGCGGCAGCGCCGAGAGAAGUCUGCUGGGGCGCGCUGACCACAAGGGACGAGAGACUGACGUUGACAACAGACAGACUGCACAGUUGGUGACCAAACUGGUGCAGGUGCGCGAGUACAUCAGGAAGGCCUGCUCCAUGCGCGAUGACCUGGUGGAGAAGAACGAUGUGCCAGCCAACGUGGAGCGCCUCUCUCAUCUCAUCGAGCACCUCAAGGAGCAGGAGAAGUCCUACUUGCGCUUCUUGCAGAAAAUACUGGCUCGGGAAAAUGAGGACGAGGACCUUAGGACCCAGGACUCUGCAGUGGGUUCUGGUUCUUUGGUAGAGAGCACGUCCCUGAACGCUGAUGUCAGGUCUUCAGAUGCCUCAAAUGCACCGGGUGGCUGGCCUGAAGCGUCAAUGCGGGACCAGAAAGAAGAGCUUGAGAACUUUCGCAAGCAGCACGAGCUUCUGAAGAAGAUGCUAGAGCAGCAGGAGCAGCUCAGGGCCCUGCAGGGUCGACAGGAGGCACUGCUGGCCAUGCAACAUAGUGCAGAGCGUGCACUCGCUGUGAUUGAGGACGCAGCAGUUGUCACAGAAACCACCGGCAGUGUGUCAGGCCUGAGCAUCACCUCAGAGCUCAACGAUGAGUUAAAUGAUUUGAUCCAACGUUUCCACAACCAACUGAGGGACUCCCAGACCAAGUCGGUGCCUGACAACCGUCGCCAGGCAGAGAGCCUCUCACUCUCCAGAGAAGUGAGCUGGUCCAGGACUCCUCGGGCGUUUGGUCCACCCGAACACAGGCCCGUCCUUCACUCGGCCUCAGGCCCUCACUCUGGCCUCGACGCGGGAGCGACGGCUGCCAGUGUCAAACUCACCCACCUUCAAGAACUCCAGGAAAAGAAGGAAACUAUGGACAAGAUCCUGCAGGAGCUGCACUCCCUCCGAGACCAAACUCUAAACAACAGCUACAGUGGUGUAUUUGGAGGUGGCGGCUUCUCGACACAGCGCAGUUUGAGUACUGGAGGAUCAUCAGAUUGUCCAUCUGCUAUUUGCUCAAAUGGAGCCACAGCUGCUGUUUCCUUUCAUCCAUCGCACGCACAAUGUGACGAUAGUUCCAACCCUGCAGACAAACUCAGGCAAAUGGAGCUGAAGGAGGUCCACAAACGUUUUAACGAGCUACGGGAAUUGGUGCAGUACUUUGAGCAGACCUCUGAUAUGAUGGUGGACGCGGUUAAUGAAAAUGUGAAAGAGGAGGAGGAGGAAGACGAGGAGGAGGAGGAGACGGAGGACGGCUCCAUAGAGGCCAUGUUUGACUGUGACCAAGAGAAUCGGCAACCGCCGACUAACAUCAGAAACCCACAGUGCAGCGGAAACUGGAGCGACUUGAACGGCCAUGGCAACCACCGCGCCGUCUCAAGUAACGCCAUCAACAACCGCAACAGCCGACUCAACACAGAGUGUGAGAUCAACAACCGGUCAGCGGCCAACCUCCGCAGCUUCAAUAUCCCCUCAGCCAUUGAGUGCCAGUACAACACAGACACCGCAUACAACUGGAUGAAGGAUGAAGAUGGCCUCAAUAACGACGAGGGCGCACAUGCUGAGGGUCCAGAUGAAGAGGCAUCGGGGUCGCAAUCGAGCAGCAGCCUCGUUUUUGGUGCCUCCCUCACUCAUGAGGUCCACCAGUACAAAGUCAAGCAGCAGCGUAAGCUUCAGGAGCUUGUUGCCAUGGUUCAGAGUGAUGACACAGACACAACAACAGCUAAUGAAGAGGAAGCUUUACACCAGCAGCAGAAUAACACAAGAGUUUGCGUUCGAGGCUCGCAGGCAGCUGAAUCGACACAGCAUCCCAGGGAAUCGGACGCCGUUCUCUACAGCAAGGCCAGGGAGAAGAUAUACAAAGAGAAGCUUCGUAUGCAGAAGCAGGCGCUCAAACAGGUCCACGAAGAGAGUCGGAUGCUUUGCGAAAUUCAAGCCAAGAUCCAGGACCUCCAGCUGACUUGCCCUGACUUGCAGUCCUCAUUGUCCAGCCAAGUGAGUGACCAAUGUUUGCCAUGGAAGAUCCCGGCUGCGGCUUCGACCCCGGUCGUCGUGCAGCCUACCUCCUCUGCGCCCAAACCCAGUCCGCCGGGGCUCAAGCCCACCGCUCCAGAAGCUGCGGCUACUUCAGUCACCGACAACGAGCAGCUGUGGUCGGAGAUGCGUCGUCACCAGAUCUUGCGGGAAGAACUGCGGCAGCGCCGUAAGCACCUGGAGUCCUUAAUGGCUGAACAUCAGAGACGCAGCGGCAUCGCUUACUCCCCCUGUAGGACUAACGAACAAGCGGGUUCCUCCUCCGAGAUUGUCGGUAGUCGGGAUGAAAGGACAAUGGCCACAUGGGGUUCCACUCCCUGCAACAUGGAAGUGGAUGAGGACGAUGACUAUCACUCUGAGCAAACAGGAGAGAAAGACGGCAGCUCUGAGAGCGGCUCGGACAGCAGCUGUGAUGACAUUGUGCAUAUGUUCUCCCCUGGCAGUAUUCAGACAACAUACACCAAGAGAAAAAAUCAAGAAUGUAACUCGAAGCCCCCGGCAGCCACUGGCCAGCAUCCAUCCCCUCAUGUUAAGACCAAGACUAAACCACAGCAGCCACCUAGGAGUUCCAGCCAGUCUGCAAGCCAGCCUGCAAGCCAGCCUGCAGGUUCAAGGCGUCAAGAGAACCUGUGCUGGGCCUCCGAUCUCUCUGUCGCUGAGGGCUCCACACACUGGCAGGAGCAGAUCAACCAGCUCCAGAGACAACUAGACCACAGCACCAUGUGUCAAACACUCAUGCAGGACCAGCAGAUGAUGUCUUGCAUGAUGCAAAGCCUGAUUAGGGGUCCGCAGAGCAUGCCAUCCAACAGCCUGUCGUCACCGCAGGCCCACCUGGUCAUGCACCAGCUUAACCAGUGUUACACCCAAUUAGCUUGGCAGCAAAACAAUGUACAAAGACUGAAACAGGUGCUGAAUGAGCUCAUGCAGCAGCAGCAGCAGCAGCAGCAGCAGGUGGAGCCUCAACAAACUUCGUCCUCUUCAGCCCCAGGAUUUCACCCCUUUCCGCUUUUCCCCACUGCGAUGGGUGAGUUCCCUCAGGGCGCAGCUUGUCACGCUAACCCGGACCAGCACAAGCAGAAUUUAGGCCCCAACACCUCCAUGAAAACAGAGUACAUGAGUUUCCCUCCACCGCUGCAGCGCUCGCCUCUAAACAUGGCAGCAGACAGACGAGCACCAGCAUGGCCCAAUCACACAGGCCUGCAACAUCCUACUCAAACACCGCCCUCGUCCUCCGCCAUGCCGCCACACCGCUGCAGCCAGUCUCCUGUGGAGUGCGGCCGGGCCUCAGGGGGAAGCAUCAGCAGCUUGCCCGAUCAAGUGGACCCCACCACCAUCACGAAGACCUUCAAAGCCGGUCGCAAGGCCUCCGCCCAAGCCAACCUGGCCUCGCGAAGCAAGACGCCCCUUUCUAAGAGUCGCCGCAGGAGGGGCAAAGGACUCAGCAAAAACAAUGAAGCAGGUCGGGAGAGCGACAGCCUGAGCAGCACGGCUGACUUUCACCAAGAGAGGGCAGUCUUGUCUCGCCACAAAGAUCAGCAUCUUUUGGAUAAACUCACUCAGGAGAAACUCAACACCAAAACUAAGCUUGGGAACAGACCAAAUGACCAUUCCUCUGCUUAUGCAUGGAGAACACCCUUCCUCUCUAACAGAAUUGCAUGCACAGAAGCAGCAGACACCAGCAGCGACUUCUGCCUCUUUGAAGCUCUGAGGGAGACCAUCUACUCCGAGGUGGCGACUCUGAUAUCCCAGAACGAGUCCCGGCCUCACUUUCUAAUCGAGCUCUUCCACGAGCUGCAGCUGCUUAAUACAGACUAUCUAAGGCAGAGGGCGCUCUAUUCUCUGCAGGACUUGGUGACUAGGCAUCUGGCUGAGAAGAGUGCCUCCCAGGAAAUGCCGCCCCUCGGAGCAGCGUCCUGGACCGGAGGCUCUCAUUCUGAGCUCACGCCCAGUGAAAGCCCCACAACCAGCGAUGUCGAAGUGAUGGAGGAGAAAUUGAAGAAGAGAGAUGGCGCAGAGUCUGUGGGUAAUGACAGCACUGUGUCUUCUACCAACCUGGAUCCAUUUGCCAAGGACGACCCGGGCAACACCGUCAUCCAUUUGGAUUAUGCCUUGGCCAAGAUACACAAAUACGAGCGCAUGAAGCUGAAAGGGGACACAAGCACAGCUGGUGAAUCCGACCUCUCAAAUGUGGAGGCUGCUGUUGCUGCGGCAGACGGAGGAGCCUCUGGUGACGUGCACUGCCCUCAGAUUGACACCCAACAACUCAACCAGCAAAUUAGGGCAAUCAUGUCAGAGGUCAUUCCUUUCUUAAAGGAGAACAUGGACGAAGUGUGCUCCCAGCACCUGCUGACGUCUUUAUGCCGCAAGGUCUUGGCGCUCACCCAGCAGAAUGAUGAGAGCAAGGAGUUUGUGCGCUUCUUCCACAGACAGCUUGGCGGCAUCCUGCAGGAUUCUCUCAGUGUGUUCGCGGGCCACACCCUAAAGGACUGCGGCGAGGACCUUCUGGUGGAGAUCUCGGACAUCCUCUUCAAUGAGCUAGCCUUUUUCAGGCUCAUGCAGGACUUGGACCAUGGCAUUGGGGUCCCUUCUGGAGCCCGGCAGAAGAAGAGGAAGAAGGCUCAGGCACCUCCAGAGGCCAGUCACACUUUUAAGGAGAGCAUGAUGGUCCAGGUCAAAACAUCAGCUUCUCCAGAUGAAGACAAGCAGGAUAAAGACGACAGGGAGCAGUACGCUAAUUCUUCUCAGCAGGGGAUGGGCUUGGCUAGUCUCACGAGAAGUCAGGACGGCGGCGAUGAAGAAGAUGAGGAGGAGGCUGAAGCUUAUGGGAUGCCGCUCUCUAUCAGUCUUUCCAAAGCCGAGACACAGGCCCUGACAAACUACGGCAGCGGCGAGGAUGAGAACGAGGAGGAGGAGCUGGAGGAGUUUGAGGCGGGGCCUGUGGACGUCCAAACGUCACUGCAGGCCACGGCGGAAAGCCAUGUGGAGGAUCACGAGGAGGAAAGCAAAGAGAUGACAACUUACCUAAAUUCAGCAAACAACAUUGAGUCUGAAGUUGUCCAGCUGACUGAAGAUGAGCCAAUUGGGGUGGACAGUCACAGCCCUGAGGAGAAGGAAGAGGAGGACACGGUCGCUGGUGCGCCAGAAGAAAGUAGCAGAAGCUUAGAAGUUCAAAGCUUCCCCAAAGAGUCCAUCACCACCAGCAGCCCUGACACAGACUCACCAGUCAUGAUCAACGUGGACGAGGUGGGCUCAGGCAGUCAGAGGACGUCGGACGAAGACGACUUUGUCCAAGUGGACGACCUGCCCAUGCAGCUCAGCGUCAUGUGUGAGGAGGAGCUGCAGAAGAGGAUCGUGGCGGAGCAGCAGAUUAACGACUUGCGGGUGGAAAUCCUCGGAAGCAACGGGCUUGUGGGAAAUGACGAGGCUCUGAAGGAACCAGGAACUGCUGGCGCCCAGAAAGAAUAGAAAAACAUUAAUCAGCUGUUCCAAGGUUUGCACUUUUAAUCUGUUCUCUUGUUUAUGACCUUUAUUUUACAAGCAAAUACUGUAGACAUAAAAACUUAAUGCACACAUUACUAACAAUAAUUGUAGUCCACAAAGUGUGUGUUGUCAUUUGGGAUGAGGUCAUCUUCAUACGCCUGCUGAUUUAGAAAAUGUUGGUUUGUUGACAUGUUAUUUCUCUUUUUAUACAUCUUUUAUCCCGCAAGGGUUUAGUUUCACCUCUUUUCCAUGUUGUUACCAUGUUAUGAAGUUUUAAAUAAAAUGUUGGCAAUGUUAAA